AUGUUUGACCCCGUUGAACUGCUCAGCCAACCUGUUACUUUCCCAUUUAGCGGACGAACGGCAAAAAAUAGGUUCUUGAAGAGCGCAAUGUCAGAACGCUUGGCCACUUUCUCAACUUUUGAUCCCUAUGGUCGAGGACAACCAACGGAGGAACUUGUACGACUAUACGAAACCUGGGCAAAGGGAGACAUCGGGAUCAUCGUCACUGGUAACAUACAAAUAAAAAAAGAUCAUCUAGAAGCUACAGGGAAUACUAUCAUCGACAGAGACCUCCCCUCAAAUUAUCUCCAGGAGUGGGCAGAGGUGGCACGAGCCGCCAAAUCACAAGGGAGUCUGGUCAUCGGACAAGUCAACCAUCCAGGGCGUCAGGUUUCAAUUAACAUACAGCCAUAUCCAGAGGCACCAUCUGACGUCGAGCAACCCUCGACUGGAGGCGUUCUCUUCGGGCGACCCACGCCUUUAACAAAGGAAGGCAUCAAGGACAUUGUACAUCGCUUUGCAUACGCAGCCUCCGUCCUGCACAGUGCUGGAUUUGAUGGCAUCCAGCUCCACGUCGCUCACGGCUACCUUCUGUCACAAUUUUUAGCCAGAAGGACAAACACGCGAAAUGAUGAAUAUGGCGGAUCGCUCGUAAAUAGAGCUCAGAUUCUUCUUGAGAUAAUCGCUGCAAUCAGACAAGAGGUCCAAAGCCCAUCUUUCAUCAUUUCGGUCAAACUCAACUCACAGGAUUUCAUUCCCGAGGGGCUCAGUGCCGAGGAAUCGAUAAUGGUUGCCACACUGCUCGAAAGUGCAGGAGUGGACUUCAUUGAAGUCAGUGGUGGGGCGUAUGAGCAAACCACCCGUAGCCCUCGGGAUAAGGUAAUGCUUUUUUUUAUACCUCGUAGCAAUCUAGAAUUGACGCCGAGCGAUUGCAAGCCGUAUACCGUUGAAACCCGAGAAGGGUAUUUCCUCGACUAUGCAGAGCUCCUUAGACCCCAUCUAAACCUCUCGAAAAUAGUCGUCACGGGUGGAUUUCAGACAGCGCAGGGCAUGGCCGAUGCUGUCUCACAAGGAGCCGCGGACAUGAUAGGAUUAGCAAGGCCAUUAACCGCAGAACCGUUUCUAGUCAGAGACAUCCUACGAGGAGAGAAGAAGAAGGCCAAGGGAGACAAAUUUCCAGAAAGUCCGAUGCUCCGAUUCGUAGCAUCUGAAGCGCAGAUUGCUGAGAUUGGAAAUGGUCAGGAUAUCUCUAACUUCGACAAUCAAUUCCACGUUGCUAGAUUCAUCGCCAAAAUGCAGAAGGAAAUUCCUGCUGCUAUAUCGGAAGCACUUUUCUCGUGA